AUGGCCUGGAUCAGCAACAUCUCUGGGUUUAAUCACUUUCCUCUACAUGAAGAACGUUUCAGGAGGUAUUUAAACAACACUGAGGAUUAUUUAGCCUUCCUGUGUGGGCCCAGACGGAGCCAUCUGUUCCUGCCCAUGGCUUUGGUGUACACCCUGAUCUUCAUUGUUGGGGUGGUAGGUAACUUCUUAGUUUGCCUGGUGAUCCUCAAGCACCGGAACAUGAAGACCCCGACCAAUUACUAUCUCUUCAGCCUCGCAGUCUCAGACCUGCUCGUGCUGCUUUUUGGGAUGCCACUGGAAGUCUAUGAGAUGUGGAGCAACUACCCCUUCUUGUUUGGGCCCGUUGGCUGCUAUUUCAAGACGGCACUCUUUGAGACAGUGUGUUUUGCCUCCAUCCUCAGCGUGACUACAGUCAGCGUGGAGAGAUACAUUGCCAUCCUCCACCCUUUCCGUGCCAAGCUGGAAAGCACUCGCAAGCGUGCCCUGAGGACCAUCGUGGUGCUCUGGGUCCUCUCCGUCCUUUUCGCCCUCCCCAAUACAGGCACCCACGGCAUCAUGCUGCAGUAUUUCCCCAAUGGCACCCUGGUCCCUGGAUCUGCUACCUGCACUGUAGUCAUGCCCAUGUGGAUCUACAACUGUAUUGUCCAGAUUACUUCUUUUCUCUUCUAUGUGCUGCCUAUGGGGGUAAUAAGUGUGCUGUACUAUCUGAUGGGGCUAAGAUUGAAAGGAGACAAAUCUCUGGAAGUGGAGGAAAUGGCUGUGAAUGUUCAGAGACCAUCCAGGAAAUCAGUGACCAAGAUGUUAUUUGUCCUCGUGAUGGUUUUUGCUAUAUGCUGGGCACCAUUCCAUAUAGAUCGACUCUUCUUCAGCUUUGUUGUGGAAUGGACUGAGCCUCUGGCUAACAUAUUCAACUUAAUUCAUGUGGUGUCAGGUGUUUUCUUCUAUCUGAGCUCUGCUGUGAACCCCAUCAUUUACAAUCUGUUGUCCCAGCGCUUCAGGAUGGCUUUCCUCAGUGUGAUUUCUCCUUGCUGCAAGCACUGGACCCCUAAACAUCCCACUAGCAAGAUUCCUGCCCAGCAGAGCAUCUUUGUGGUUGAGGACAACAAACUCAUGGACUCCGCUGAAGACACAAGUCUCCCUGGCACCCACAGAACAUCUGUCAGCAGUUCCCAGCUCUCCACUGGUCUGUGA